ACUAGAAAAGAAGACUGGGCCAGAAACUUACUUUUCUCUAGGUGUCCUGCGCUCCUUCUGAGGGGCCGCUUAGAGUUAGAUUUACCAUGUUGCCCCCAUUGCCAACCAACCUUUUCUAGACCCUACCCAGAUUCUUCUCGCCUUAUCCUUUCUCCCUCUUCUGCCACACAUACCACUUCUGACCUCAUAAUCCUUCAUCUGCAGGCUCAGGCCCCACCCCUAGGGAUGCUGGUUGUUUGCAGCUGCCAAUAGCUCUCUCCUCUCUGCCCAGUCUGGGCCAAUGUAAUCCCUCUGCCUCUCCGGUCCCCCAAAUUUAUGGGCCCAUAUGGCCCCCCAAGUCCCCUAGAACACUCCCUCCUUCUGCCAUGAAUCAUCAAGCCUGCCUCCGAAGAGUGAGAAGAUCUUGAGAGCAUGUUCAUCUUUAUCAAACAUGGAGAUGAUCAGCAGUUUCUGGCCAAUACUAAUUGUUCUGUAUUCCUGUUGCUGCUUUAUACCCGCCGUAAACUGGGGCUGCCGAAAAGAGACACCAUCGAUUUGUGCGAUGAAACGGGGACCAUGAAGUUGCUUUUCCUGAUGAAGACCCCUGGAGAAUAUGCCAACAAAUUCCUUACAGCUCGAAGCACCUACUACGUUUGUAGGGUGAAGUUUGGGCCACCAGGAACUCGAUUUGAGAAAAUCUACCGAGCUUUUGUGCCCCUCCUGAAGAAUCCAGAACCUGAGCUAAUUGAUGCCUUGCGUACACAAUGUGAAGUCCUGGAGAGGAACCAAAUGAAAAUGCUUAGAAGCCAAGAAGCCAGAAGAAUUGUUUCAACUGACUCCUCCAUGAACCCCCCAUCCAGAUCAGGACGAUCAGACGAAGAGGGGCCCACUCGCAGGGGUCCAAUCCUUAAGAAUAGAGUGGACUUUGUCACUAGGAGGGAUAAAUAUCGCUGACCAAAUAAAGUGACCAAGUGA